GAAUUUGUUACCUCACUCUUUUCCUUCCCCUCUUAUUUUAUUUUGUUGCACUGUAGCUGUGUGCGUGUGUAUGUGUUCUCUCAAACAUUCUGUCAGAAGUUCGACCGUCGCAUGCACACGCUCACACUCAGUAAUCAUUGAUCAUUGAACGCGCGCAUUCCUUCACUAGCUCCACCAUUUUUCUUACCUUUUUAUACGCCCAUCACAACAAACAACAAUAAUAUUACAUUUAUAGUCUUGCAAUUACUUUUUUUUUUUUUAAAAAAACACACAAUUUUAAUUCCCAAGCAACAACAACAACAACAACUUCUUUUGUUCCCUCUCUCACACUCUCAAUCACUCACAUAGCAACAAAUCACGACACACACUACAACAAUGAGCUCGCCUCCCCCAAAACAUUCCUUAUCCUCUCCAACUAAUAGCGGCAACCAAACACCGGUGCUGCCCACGCCAUCUUGCUCAUCGUCGGCAUCCGAGGUACACAACCAACUCAGACGUGAACUCGAGCAACAAAUAGCAGAAAAGGAAAAGCAACUGCAAGAUUCUAGCAGCGGGAUCGGAAAAGGCGUGCUGAAUCGACAAAUCAAGCAGCUUAAAGAGCGUCUCCAGGAGAUGGAUCGACGGCAGAAACAAGCAACACAGGCACAGCCAACGGCAUCAUCUUCCUUGUCGCCAAGGCAACAGCUGCUAGGCACUGCGUCACCGUCGUCCUCAGCAACGAAACGAUCACAGUCGCCAGCCUCGGCUUCAGGCGAUGAUGAUCUAUCCCCUGCCACGCUUGAAAAGCUACGCAACCUUGAACGCGACCUGGGCUCCUAUCGGGGCUACCAGCAACUGUCACCUAAUUUAAGCGGCCAUCGGAAAGACAAACUGCUAGGUCAACGGACAGGUCUCGAUCCAUUACCGAGUCCCUCGACUUCGACGAUGCUUCCUCCCCCGCAAGGCCAUGACUCGACUUCGCUCCUGCCACUACCACCCCCGCCCACCGGCUCAACGCCCACGAAACGACGAUCCAAAGUGCCUAAUGCCGAUCGACGCAACACCGAUAUCGAGUUUGCAACAGAAAUCGGCCAGGGCCUGCUGAUCGAAGUGCGGAAGAUGCAGGCUCUUCUCCAGGAAAAAGACGAUCAGCUCAAAGCUCUCCAGGCACAAAAGGCUGACUUGGAGCGAGCUGCUGAAUCCAUGGCAAAACAACUUCGCCAAAAGGAAGAAAACGAAGAAAAACUCAAGGAGGAGACGUGGAACCUUGAGCUUGCCAAACAGGAGUUGACCAUCAGUGUCACUGAGCUGCAGCAGAAUCUCAACAAAGCUAACGCUGAGCAGAAGCGGAUGCAAGAGCACAUGGAUGAGCUGACAACCGAAAUCGAGCACAUGCGCGACCGCGAAGAAAAGUUAUCCGCUACACUCGAGGCCAUGAAGCAGCGGCACGAACAAGACAUGGGCACCAUCCGACGACACUCGGCUGGGCUUCAGCGGGAAAAGACAGAUCACAUCAAGCAGAUUGAGGCGCUAUCCUCUGAGCUGGCUAUUGCCAAGGCACAGAGCAAAAUUGCGAAACGGAGUCAUUCAGACCUACGGCCAGCUGCAGCAGCAGAGAAAGGCGAGGAGAAGGCAGAAAGCGCAACGACACCUGCAAAGGAGGGAACUACUCCGGGAAGCUCACCGCCUCCCUCUCCAAAGCAGACGCCCACGCGGAAUCAACAGCUCGAGGUCGAAACGCUGAAAACGUCGCUUGCUCAUGCGCAUCGUAUGGUGAACAACCUGAGAUCAAACCUGCAUAGGGAAAAAACAGAAAAGUUCGAGCUCAAGAAACUCUUGACAGAGUCCCAAGAGACGAUCGAACAGCUGCAGAACGAUCCGCGACUGUGGGUCGACGCCGGCUAUCCCAAAUCAGGGACUGGCUCAAACAAUGCACCCGACUCGACUGGAUCCACCAGCACACGUCGACUUCGCAAGGGCAAGCGGCGCGUACCUGUAUCAAAAACUCGCGUUGCUCGAAUACCCAAGGGCGGCGAGUCUUUGGACGAUUCAUCAGACGUCGAGGAACGCCGCAAACGAAAAGACUCACAGCAGUUGUACUAUUCAUCCCAAGGCGAAUCAGAAGAGGACGACGACGACGACGAAUAUUACGAAGACGCCGAUGAAGAACCCUCUGGAACCACUGCAGGGUUCACGUCACUUGAUUCCGAACUUUCAAAAAGCCAACAGAAGCAGCAGCAGCAAAAGCGCCCUCCAACUGUCUCCGUUGAACCUCCUACUCCGGUGGCAGAUAAUGCACCUCGAACUCUGGGCGAUGAAUUGAGCGCUGCAUUUGCAGGUCCCGACACCGCAGACACUGAACCUCGUGCUACUGGCUCCGAUGCAGGCGUGCAAACAGAAGACACUUCCGCUAAUACCACUGCCGCUGCUGCUGUCGCUGCUGCUGGCAUUGCUGGUAUUGCUGCCGUCGCAGAUGCUGACACUCCUGCCGCCGUCUUCCACGAGAUUGCUAUCCAGACAGACCCAGCAGACUUCCAAGAGUUCAGUAUGCCCGCCACAGACAUUGCUCCUGUCACUGUUCAUGACCAAGAAGUGCAGUGUGUUGGCCCCGCUAUCGUUCAUGCGGAGACGCAAUGUGUGCAACCCGAAUAUAUCGAGCACGGUAUCCAGUCAGAACCUGCUGCUGCUGCUGCUGUAGACGCAAGUGCACAGUAUGAGCCAGCUGCAACGCAUGACCAAGGCGUACAGCACGAGUUUGCCGGUGGCAUCGACCAAUUCACACAAUCGGAUGUCGCAGAUGCAGUCAAUGCAGGCGUGCAAAGUGAAACCGCAUCCAUAUCCGAUGCGUUCUGCCAAUCUGAACCCGAACCUGUCAAGGAAACAAACGACGUUUCCGUGCAGUCUGAACCUGAGCCUGUCAAAGGUACGAGCGACGUUUCGGUGCAGUCUGAACCUGAGCCUGUCAAGGACACGAGCGACAUGUCGGUCCAGUCUGAACCUGAGCCUGUCAAGGACACGAGCGACAUGUCGGUCCAGUCUGAACCUGAGCCUGUCAAGGACACAAACGAUGUCUCUGUACAGUCUGAACCUGAGCUUGUCAAGGAAACAAAUGAUGUCUCGGUGCAGUCAGACGUGCCCGUUGCCAAGGAAAUCUCAGUGCAGUCCGAGCCGCCUGUUACCAAGGAUAUGUUUGUGCAACACGAAAACGACUUGGACGAAGGUGUAGAUGUUGCCGUUCAAACAGAGUUUGAAUCCCCAUCGUCAUCAUCCGCUGCUGGAGCCGGAGCACUUGCCGCAGGUGGCGCUCUUGGUGGCCUGGGCGCAUUGGCUGCCAAGGCAUUUGGCGGCUGGGGCAAUAGCGAUGAUGCAAAAGAAUCAGCCAAAGACAACCGCACAGACGAGGGUGAUGAUGACGACAAACAGACAUCCUCUGGCGCAGCAGAAAAGUCCUCAACUACUCUCGAAGAUGUAUCCAAAUCAAAAUCGCCUGAAGAAACUUCUCGCGGUGUGAAGGAUGCAGUAGUAGCAGGUGGCAUAAUUAAUGCAGCCACUCCCGUCGAGGGUGAUGCUCAACGACUUGCCAAUGGUUCCACGAAUGAAGGACAGUGCGAUGCCAACAACUUGAACGAUGCCAUCGAAAACAAGCAGGCAGCCGUUAUUGAUCUGAACGAGCAAGCUGAUAGGGCAAGCGAGGAGGCAUCCACCAAACCAGCAACGAAAGCAGCAGCAGCAGCAGCAGCAGCAGCAGCAGUGGCUGGUGGUGGUGGUGCUGCAACGGGUGCUGCAAGUGCUACGGUCGCGGAUGCUACGGCAGGCAUUGCCACGGAUGACUCAAAGACAUCCCCUGCAGAUUCGGCCACGGACUUGCACAAGCUUGAUGACCACAACGACGAUGAUAGCAAGAUGUUCACAAAGGAAGAGACCGAUGCCAUGAUUGAAGCUGCAGUAGCCGCUGCCGUGACCAAGUCACAGCAACAGCAAGCGACCGACGGCGAUCAAUGGUCAGUCGAAAACUCCAAACGCCACACUGAUGGUUCAGCAGCGACCAGCAAUACCAUCGCGACAAAACCCAGCCUUGCUGAUCUUGCUGGCCGUGAUAGUAUCAGCAGUCGACAUGACACCCGCGACAUACCUGCACGGCCAACCAGUCCACCGCCAGCUCACUUAUUGUCGCGUGUUGGACAGGGUUCCACCAUCAGCUCAUCUCACCGAUCCAGCAUUGGGUCCAUCAGCACAGCAGAUAAAGGGAAAACGCCGGCACGCUCUCAAAUGUUGCGCAACAUCCAGCAUAACCACCACCAGCAGCAGCAUCAACGACCGCCAUCCAGCUUGUCUAGUAUGUCUGCAUCAGAGCCCCGUGUAUCGAUUGCCUCUUCACCUUAUGCUACAUCGCUGCGGACGGAAGGCGAUCCUGCUCAUAUCGGCUUGAUCACACAGACCAUGAUCGGCGACUGGCUAUGGAAAUACACUCGCAAAACGGUCGGUGGUGCAUUGUCGGAUCAUCGUCACAAGCGAUACUUUUGGAUCCAUCCAUAUACCCGCACCCUGUACUGGAGCACCAGAGCUCCUGGAAGCCAUGGUGACGAAAGCAAGGCCAAGAGUGCUCGAAUCGAAGGUGUCUCGGCUGUUCCAGAUCAUAAUCAUCCGCCAUCACCGGACGUGCCAAACAUGAGCUUGCUUAUCCAAACAGCGAACCGCGUAAUUAAACUUACAGCUCCCAACAUGGAUCGUCAUAAUGUAUGGUACGAAGCACUGUCAUAUCUUGUUUCACGCCCUGGCGGCAAUGUCGGCACCGAAAAGUCAUCACAGCCAAAGGAUGCGGCAUCCUCCAACGGUGGCGCGCGAGGCCUCGUGCGCAAGCCUAGCAUUCAGCGUGUACAGAACCUGUUCCGAUCAGGAUCCAAAACCGAAAUUUCAGCAACUACUGCAGAGUCCGCAUUAUCCAAUCGCGCCCAUACUCACGAUCACGACCACGACGAUGAUUAUGACACUGAAGACGAGGCGCUAGAAGAUGUACGCAUGUGCUGUGACGGUAAACACCAUGUUUCCAAGCUGGAGCGCGAUCAUGUUGAUCAUCGACCGUAUUACCGCAAGAUCCGUUCCCUGCGAUCCCCACAUCCUGGAGAGCAGCAUGAGCAUCAUCAACCACAGCCGCAACCUCAACCCCAACAAGUGAACUAAACACACACCCGCAGCACGCCAAUUGAAUCGACGUAAAUUUUAUCCAUUUUCUCUAACUCUUCCCAUUCCUUUUAUUUCAACUCCUUAUCCUAUCCUCCCUCUCCAAAAGGGGCUUUAGACUCGGACCCUUCUUAUUCCUUCUUCCCUUCGCACACCACCCCACCCCCCUUUUGAUUAUAUUCCCUUGCACAACACUGCAAAAUUCUUCAAUUCACUUUUUACUCGCACUAUCAAUACUCACACACAGCACUACAUUCAUUCAUUAAUUCAUUUUCUCUUUCUUACACGCAUCUUGCAAGACUUUUUUUUAUACUCUGUUUUCCAUUUUCUUUCAAAAAUUUCCUCUUUUUUCCUCACAUUUUGACGUUGAUUCAUGCACUUUAACUUAUAGUACGAAAAAUCCAGUUACAAAAAAAUAAAAAUAAUCAAUGUUACAUAGUAAACGC